AUGGCCAAGCAGUGCAUUGGAUUGGAUUUGCUAAGAGCAGCUGGAAGGCGUUGCUGUGACGAGACCCUGUUGCAUUCCUUGUCUUCCUCAGGUAUAUACGGGCCAGACGAGGGCUGGGCUUUAGCCUACCCAGAAUGCAGAGAGAGAAACCAGUCGCCAAUCAACAUUGUGGACCAGGAUACUAAAGUAUCCACAGAGUAUCAGGAACUGACACUGGAGGGCUUUGAUACUGAAUCAUCUAAUAAGACAUCUAUGAAGAACACAGGAAAAACAGUGGCCAUUAUGUUGAAGGAUGAUUACUUUGUUCGGGGAGCAGGGCUACCGGGCAGGUUUAAGGCAGAAAAAGUGGAGUUUCAUUGGGGUCCGAGCAAUGGAUCUGAAGGCUCUGAACAUAGCAUCAACGGCCGGCGAUACCCUGUGGAGGUAAGCAUACUCUACAAAGCCUCCACAUACCAGUAA